AUGUCUGCUGAUACAGCUAUUAAUAACAAUUCAAGUUGUCAACCAGAAAAUAAUGUGAGGCAACGAAUACUCUCUUCUACUAACACUUUCAUCAAACGACUGAUUGCACGUAAACCAAUGGAUAUAUUGCAAGCUGAAAUUGAUACACAUAAUGAAUUGAGACGUGAUCUAAGUUGGAUUCAAUUACUGGCUAUAGGCCUUGGUUCUAUUAUUGGUGCUGGUAUAUUUGUAUUAAGUGGACAAGCUGCUGCAAAAUACUCUGGUCCAUCAGUCAUCAUUUCUUUUGUUAUAACAGGAGUAAUUUCUUUAUUGUCAUCUUUAUCAUAUUCAGAAUUAGGAUCAAUGAUGCCUAGUUCUGGAUCAGUUUACACGUAUACUUAUGCAGCCUUGGGAGAGUAUUUGGCAUGGUUUAUUGGGUGGAAUUCUGCGCUACUUUAUCUAUUUGGCGUGUUGACAGUGGUCGUUGCUUGGAGCAAACAUGUUGUCCUAUUUGUUGAUAUUGUGUCUGAUUAUAAUGCAACAAGGAUGAUUGUCCAAGCACCAGUGGCUUGGAAUGAAGAUACUCAACGGUUUUUUGUCACUGGGCAAGCGAUUAAUUUACCUGCUAUUGGAAUUACUGUUGCGAUUACAAUUCUUCUUCUUAUUCGAAUUCGUCAAAUGGCUAUAGUCAAUCUCGUAUUGGUUGUAUUUAAAAUUAUUAUACUUUUAAUAUUUAUUUUUGCUUGUUGUAAAUAUGUUGAUCCCGGUAAUUAUCAUCCAUUUUUCCCUCGCAAUGAAGGUUCGUUUAGUAAAUAUGGAGUAACAGGCAUGCUACAAGCUUGUACAUAUGUUUUCUUUGCUUAUGUGGGUUUUGAUUCGGUUUCAACAGUAGCUCAAGAAGCAAGAUCAUCAGGGCGAUCGCUGCCUAUUGGCACUAUUGGAUCAACAAUUAUUUCACUACUAUUGUAUAUUGCAAUAUGUACUGUGAUGGUUGGACUAGUUCCAUACGAGUUAUUAAAUUCAGAUAGUCCUCUUGCUGGCGCCAUAAAAGCUACACCUUAUGGUCUUUGGUUAUCGAUUCUCAUGAAUUUAGGUGCAAUCGCUAGUCUUGCCACAGUAGCAUUGAUAAUGAUGCUUUCACAAACUCGGAUAUUUUAUGCAAUGGCUCAUGAUGGUUUAUUACCACCAUUCUUUGCGAAAGUUCAUAAGACCACUAAAACUCCUUGGAUUUCGAUCAUAAUUAGUGGUAGUUAUUUUUUCUAUACAGUUUAUCGAAUAAAAUUCAUCUCGACUUUUUUAGGUAUAUUUUGUGCUGUUUUUUCUAGUAUUUUUCCGGUAGAUGUUCUUGGUGAAACAACUUCUAUUAGUGCUCUCAUUACAUAUAUUUUCGUUCAUAUUACGGUCACAGUCAUGCGUUAUACACAUAGAGAUAUUUCACGAACAUUCCAAGUGCCAUUUGGUUCAUGGUUGAUUCCAAUUAUAGGUUCUUUACUUUGUAUACUUCUAAUGAAAGGUAUAACACAACCAACUGGUUAUCGAUUUCUUGUAUGGACAGCAAUAGGUCAAAUUAUUUAUUUUUCUUAUGGUUUUUGGCAUUCUAAACAACGCAAAUCAAUAAGAAGUAAAUCAAAUUUAAGUAGGAUCGAGCUUCAACCAACAGUAACCAGUGUUACGGAGCAAUAUAAGCGUAAUGGAUUUGAAUCGGAUCUAGUUGGUGGAGACACGAAAAGUGCAGAAUAA